CCUUGCAGCCUGCAGGACACUGAGAGAACUGAAGAAUUCAACAGGUACUCAGGCAUUCGCGAGGUCCCUGUCAUGCAGCGCGGAUGUGCAGCCUAAGAGAGCCCCAACUGCCUGAGCUCAUCUCUAGCAUGGAUGGAUUUAAAUGCGCUCCCCUCUGGCGCGUUCUCCUGUAGAAACUGGACGGUUCAGCAUCUGCCACAAUCACAUCAGAGACACAUUUUGAUCGUUUUUUGGAGAAUUUCGAGACCAAAGGCAUCCUUCAUAUCAUCAGACUUUAGUUCGACAUGAAGAGAUCUCCUUCUCUCCCUGGCUGGGUUAGAGUGGUAGGCUUGUUUCUGUGCUGGACCCGGACCGUCCAAGCCCUGGUCCUGAUUAACUCCACCCAGCUGGAGUCCAUGCUGAACCAGUACAGGGACAAAGAUGACAAGUGGUGGAAGGCGAGGUCCAGAGGGAGGAGGGCCAUCAGCGAGGGGGACAUGCAUCUGAUCCUGGACCUGCACAACAAGCUGCGCGGUCAGGUGCACCCCCCCGCCUCCAACAUGGAGCACAUGGUAUGGGAUUAUGACUUAGAGAGGAGCGCAGAGCACUGGGCACAUACCUGCCGAUGGGAGCAUGGACCGAGCCACAUGUUGACCCAAAUAGGCCAAAACCUUGGUGCGCAUUGGGGCAGGGACAGACCCCCCACCUUCCACGUUCAGGCCUGGUAUGAUGAGGUGAGGUAUUACAGCUAUCCAUACUCCCAGGAGUGUAACCCACACUGUCCGUUUAGAUGCUCAGGACCAGUUUGCACUCACUACACUCAGUUGGUGUGGGCAACUAGUAAUCGUAUUGGCUGUGCCAUCAACGUGUGCUACAACAUGAAUGUCUGGGGGAUGAUCUGGGCCAAAGCUGUCUAUCUGGUCUGCAACUACUCUCCUCCUGGAAACUGGUGGGGCCAUGCUCCGUACAAAUAUGGAAGCCCAUGUUCUGCCUGUCCAGACAGUUACGCUGGUGGAUGCAGAAACAACUUAUGUUAUAAGGAAGGGGGUGUUGAGCAGCGACCAGCACCGGAGAUUGAAGAGAGCAACUACAUUGAACCUGAACAAGAGCCGGUGCGGGACAGAGAGCCCCCGCCAAGGGCCCAGACCCCAAACCCCUCAGCCAAUGACAACCCUGACAGAACCCCUGUCGUCAGCACAGAGCAGAUGAGCCAACAGGUUGACUGUGAGACCAAACUGAGGGAUCGUUGCAAAGGAACAACUUGUAAUAGAUAUGAGUGUCCCCCCGGGUGUCUGGACAGACCCGCAAAAGUCGUUGGAACUGCGUACUACGACAUGCAAUCCAGUGUGUGUGGAGCUGGACUACACUCUGGAGUCAUUGACAACGAUGGAGGAUGGCUGGAUGUGACCCGACUGGGCAGAAAGCAGCAGUUUACAAAGUCUUACAAAAACGGGAUCCAAUCCAUUGGGAAAAACAGAAGUGCAAAUUCCUUCAAAGUAGACUCAGUCCCUGUUAAGGCAGUAACAUGUGAUACCACAGUGGCGCUUUUUUGUCCGUUCAAGAAACCCGUGCGACACUGUCCCAGGCUGUAUUGUCCCAGGAACUGUUUGCAUUCCAGUCAAGUCCGAGUUAUUGGGACAAAAAACUACUCAGAUAAAUCCAGUAUCUGCAGAGCAGCCAUCCACGCAGGUGUAAUCCUGAAUGAGUCAGGAGGGUACCUGGAUGUGAUGCCAGUGGACAGAAGGCAGCAGUAUACUGGCAGUCACCAGAAUGGCAUCAGCUCAGAGAGCUUAAUGAACCCCACAGGAGGAAAAGCCUUCAGAGUUUUUGCAGUCAUCUGAAAAAAAGAAAAUAAAAACUCUAAAAGGACAAUCAUGACUGCCUCACAUCCAGCAAGCCCACCCAUUGUGAAGCUAGAAACUAUAAUUACAUUCAUUCCUGCAGUAAAUAAUCCAGCCUCUCGGACUCUGACACCAAGUGUUUAACAUGCUAUUACUCAGGGCUUUGCCUGUGUCUUUGGUCAUCAAUUAAUCACUGUCCAGGAAGAGCAUAGCGAUGCAUAUCUGGUGAAGUGUGGUCGCACACGUAUGUUGCAAUAAACAUCCAGAACUGACCACAUAACAAACCUUGGAAGAAAUUAUAUCAUGACAUCAUGCUUUUUAACGGCCUAACAUAAACCACCAUGUUAAACACAGUUUAACCUGUAAUUUAAAAAUUCACUGGUCAGUCUGAUAUCAUUGUUUUUGCCGUGUAAUGCAAGAUGUUUUACACAUGAUCUCAUUAUAUCCCAGAUUAGAAGAGCACGCAACUUUUUUUUUCCAGGCAAUAAAGUAAGAAGCUAAGCUAUAGUAGGAGGCAAAAUGCUCUAUGCUACCGUGUAAUGAGACUCUUAAGAUAUAAAAUAAUGGAAAAAAAUUAAGAAUAUCGUACAAAACAAACUGGUUACACAAGAAAAUUCAAAUACACAGCAUGAAUUAUUUUUAUUCUUUUCAUUCUUUUUUCAUAGUGAUAUUUAACAGAAUGUCUUUGUUUAAUUUUCAAGUCUACAGUAUUCUGAGGCCUUAUCUUAUCAGCAUUCAUUAAAUAAAUCUAAGCUCAUAAAUGAGAAUAUACACAUGUACUGUAAAUAUACAUAAAUAUAGGCAUUUAAAUGAUAGGCCAGUUAAAUUGUACAUUGUAUAUCUUUGUGAAUAGAAAUGUUGUAAAUAAUAAUAGAAACCAGCUUGUUGCCUUUUUUUUUGUUUGAAUGUCUAACUCAGUCUACAGUAAAGAAAAAAAAAGAAUAAGAUGGCAUCAUAAUUCGUUCAUGCAAAUACAUAUCUUGGGCGUUUUUGCAAUUAUUUCAAGGGGUAAAACUCACCAAAUUGUCAGUCCAUUGCUGUUUGUAAAUAUUUUAUGUGAUAUUAAAACGUGACAUUAAAAAAAGCAUAUAAAUAUAUAUAUAUGCUGCAUUUUCAUCAGCUUUUGUUUACACGUGUGUAAAUUGACCCUGGCUGGCCAGGUAUGUGCAUGGCAAAAUCCCAAUAAUA